AUGGCGGAGCGAGGGACAAAGCGCCCGCUGGAGGAUGGUCAUUAUGAAGAUGAUGAUGCAGAUUCAACGGCGCUUCCGAGCCCAGCCAUGAGCUCGUCGGUAAGCGCCAACCAAAAGGGGGGUGGUCUUGGCACACCCACUGGGGCUAUGACAGUGAUCAGCGGAUUCUCUGAUGAAAGAGACCCUAUUGCUGCUGUUCUAAACAAGCAUGGUCUGGGGUGGCCUGCUAAAUCAACUCUUGACCGUGUGAAUUACACGGCGGAGGAGUCUGCCGCCAACGAAGAGCGAUUGGCUGGGGCCGUACGGACAAUCCUCGAGUGUUUGGGCGAAGACCCUGAUCGUGCAGGACUGAAAGAUACCCCGCAGCGCUAUGCACGAGCUCUUCUAUGGAUGACGAAAGGAUACGAGGAGCGCCUUUGUGAUGUGAUUAACCAUGCUAUUUUCGACGAGAACCACGACGAGUUGGUGAUUGUCCGUGAUAUCGAGGUGUACAGUCUUUGUGAGCAUCAUCUCGUUCCCUUCAAGGGUAAGAUCCAUAUUGGCUAUAUUCCCAACCGCAUGGUGAUUGGUCUUUCCAAACUUGCUCGCAUCGCCGAGACCUUCGCGAGGCGUCUUUCAGUGCAAGAACGUCUAACACGACAAGUGGCUCUGGCUCUAAACGAGGCGCUGAACCCGCGUGGGGUGGCUGUUGUAAUGGAGUGCGAACACAUGUGUAUGGCAAUGCGCGGUGUGCAAAAACCUGGUGCUGUGACCGUCACGAGCUGUAUGCUCGGUGUGUUCCGUGACCGUGCCAAGACUCGUGAAGAAUUUCUCAGUCUGAUUCGAAAAUGA